AUGGGAGGAGGAUAAUCAAAGGCUUAAAAAUUAUAAUCCUAACGAAGAGCAAAUAAACCAUAAUUGCCAUAACAUUAAACUCCUGAAUAGCAUUAUUAAUUCCUUAUCAGUGAACCUAUUAGUCGAUACCUUUGGAAUACUUAAUUUGAUUAUGAAACACUCAUUUCUGAAAUCCUUUUAAGUAUAAGUAUUAAAAGAUUUAUGGAUUAUUUAUAACACUUUAAACCUCAUAUUCGAUACAUUAAAAAAGCUGAAAAAUUAUACAAUGAUGUUAUACAAUGUUCAUUAUAUGAAGCUAAAUUUAAUGAUUAAGAUAAAAAGUUUAUGAUAUCUGUCCUCAUUUUAUUCUUUAGUUUAUAUCAUAUCUCCAAAUUUUAAGUUAUAUUUAGUUCAUCAGAUAAAAAGUGGUGGGAAGGCAAAUAUUUUGAAUCACUCUAAAAAUACGCUGAAUUACCUCCUAAAAACAAUGAAAAUUAUAUUGAAACAUUUACAGUUUUUAUGUCUGAUUAUUUUUAAACCAGAUUUCAAGAAUUAAAACCAUAAAAUGAUAAUAAAAAGGUUGAUCUUGUAUCUGUGAGAGUAUUAGCAGAUUACUAUUUAUAAUAUUUAUAUAGUGAUUGCUUAUCCUACUUAACAGAUGCAGAUUAAUUUGUAAAAGAAUAUGCUCAAUCAAAAUAAGAAAAAUAUCAGACUUUAGGUAGGUAUAAAUUAGAAAGUAAUAUCAAAAUUAUUACUAAAUAAUAAAAAUAAUAAUAAUAAUUAUUAUACUAAUAAUAACUUCACAAUUCUAAAACUCCAUCUUAAUAAAUUGAAGAUAUGGAAAGAUAAUUUAAAUUCUUAUCUGAUCAUUCUAUCAUAGAAAAUCCAAUCAACGAAGAUUAAAAUAAAGAUUAGCUAUAAUUAGUACAAGAAACUCCAAAAUAAGAAUGA